CGUCAACUACAAACCAACAAAGCCAAUUCCAUCCAUUUGACUAAAUAGCAAAGGACGGAUUGUAUCACAGCUAGUUAUACUCGGACAAGGGAAUAGGAAGGAAUAAUAUCUGCACAAUGGGAGCACCACCCUCGCCCACGCAUCAUAACAUCGUGAUGCUCCAGACGCAAUACUUCCCUUGCCCGCAUUUCGAUCUUCCCCCGCCAUACACCAAGACGGAAUUCAUUUAUAAGGAAACGCCCUUCUCAGAGCUGCACGCGCGCAUCCACGACGCAACUAUCAUCGUCCUGGCCACCACCCGCCUCGAUGCUGUCGCGCUGUCUCCUGAGGUCACGCCGUAUUUGAAAUUCAUUGCGGUUACGGCAUCGGGUACAGACUGCAUCGAUCUGGAGGCAUGUCGGAAGCGAGGCAUUGUGGUCAGUAACAGUCCUGGAGUCAACAUCGAGGCGGUCUCAGAACAUGCAAUCGGACUGUACUUUGCAGCCAGGCGGAAGAUGCUCCAGAUGCAUAAUCUGACGACGAGGGGCGCGUGGGUGGAAAAGGGCACAUUGAUGUUUGACAUGUUAAACAAGGAUGGCACCGCGCCGUUGACUUGUCAAGAGGAGGUGGCCGGAAUUAUUGGCUAUGGAGUUGUUGGAAAAAGAAUCGCACAGCUGGCACAGAGCCUAGGGAUGAAGGUUUUGAUAUCCGGCCGCAAAGGUGCUGGGGAAACAGCACUUCCAUCCGCACUACAGUCAGAAGAGCGCACGCCGUUCGAGGAAAUCAUCCGGAAGUGCACUGUCAUUUUCGUUGUUGUUCCUCGCAACCCUUCAACUAUGGACUUGAUUUCGACACCAGAGUUUGAGAGAAUGUCGCCGCACGCGGUGCUGGUUAACGUCGCGCGUGGCGGUAUCAUCAAUGAGGAAGCACUGGUAGCAGCGCUUAAGGAAAAUUUGAUCGCGGGCGCCGCGACAGACGUCUUUCUCCGAGAGCCAGCUUCUCCAGAGACGUCUCCUCUGUUGCGGGAAGAUACGAAGGAUUUGAACCUGACUGUCAGUCCUCAUAUGGCAUGGGUUGCGGAGCGAACACAGCAGAAUCUGGUAGAUGUGGCUAAGAAGAUCGUGGAAGGAUGGGUUGCAGGACAACCUUGUAACGUGGUCACAUAGACGAUUCUUGAUUUCAUAGGCAGUCUUUUAGAUGUGUAAUUGAAUGUAUACAAUGGAGCCAAUGACCUUAAUGUAUGAUUCAAAAUGCUCCUAAAUAUGGCACUUGCUUGCGGAAACGAUAUAUUCUUACCGCGUUAUAUACCCCAAAAGUCACCAUCUAGGCGCUCUGCGGAUAUCGUAUCUGGACGCCUACCCUUCCAUCUUCAGGGGGUUCUGAAACCCCCGGUCCUCCCAGUACUGCAUUACUUUCAGAUAAAGCUGCCGUUGUUCGUCCCUGGAGGGAAUCCUACCAGUGACGCCCCUAUCGGCCCUGGACUUUUCCGUCUCUAUAAUGCUGGCAUUCUCAUCAUCAUCACUGACGAACCGAUAUGUUCGGAAUUCAGUAUUUUCCCAAGCGCUCGCAUGUUCGCUAUCCCCGACACCC